AUGUCGCCCUCAUGGCACAAAUGGUGGCGGCCACGGCUUCAGCUUCCCGAAAAAACACACCAAUCACGACCAAGCAGAGCCAAGCACAACAUCAACCAACCUUCCCGCCAAACCCUGGCACCGUUUCCCGGUCCAAUAGCACUGACCAGCCGGGUUCCCGGGAAUACUCCUCUGGCACUGGUUUAUAUGACAUCGACUGGUCCUAUCUUUGUUGACGAGCAUGCAUUGGGCGUGGGCAUGCGUGAUUCCUAUGGCGAACACGGCGAGGGUGGCGGGGGCUGGUCGCAGGAGGCCUCACCGUCGGUGGAGUGA